AUGAGCUCAUUGCGACCGGAACAUGUACAGCCAAUUAGAAGGGAGAAUAUUAGUCGCAACGACAUAGAUUUAGGUGGCUUAAAUGACUCCAAGUGUCUGGAUGAUGAGACAGAGCUGGUGCGUCAUCUCGCUGCGAUCUUCGGGCCAGUUCCAUCACCCGUUCCGCCAGAGUGGCAUCUCGUGGCCCCCGCUCCACAUGAAGAGGAAAAAUUAGAGACUGCGUACAAUUUUCGACUAUUCUCAGGCGCUGGCGCAGGUAUUUCCACCAUCACUGUUUCCCAAUCAGACGAGAUAGUUUGCAAUGAUAUGUCUGGAGGAUUUUUGUCGGCUCAUCGUCCUCUUAGCUCAUACAUUGCAGCACCUGCAAGUGAUGAGUAUCGCCAACAGCUGAUAGAUAUAGCGGUUGAGGGUGAGACUGUGUAUUCCUGGAGUAAACUCCGGUCAUAUGCAUGGGAGCGUCCAUGGCGUGUGCAGGUAAUCAAUGUCGGUACUAAGCUGCACGCAGCCCAGGUAUCCAAAGGCCAAUUGCAUAACAAUAUCGUCCCUGUAGAAAAGUGUGGCAAACGUCAACGACCUGGGAAAAAAAGCCGUAUCGCUCUACGGAAACGUGUUCGAGCAUGCGAACUUACCCAGAUCGCUCAUCGCGCCAAGCGUGUACGAAGAAACAGAGAGAAGAAACUGAAGCGUAAGGCUAAGGCAAAGGCCAGCAAAGCCCAACUUUUGGAAAAUGCAUCACAACCAGAAAUCAACGCAGCAACUAUCAACUCUCCUGUCUAA